GGCCGAUUUCCACGGCAACGGGAGACAACAUGGCGUUCUCCCGCCGGUGAACAAGUGCGAGUUGCUGUCCCCACGGCGCCUUCCCGCGGUUUGUGUAAGGUCAUUUCAUCGUUUGUUUCACAGAAAAGGAACAGCUGCUGCCGAAGAGCGUUUUGUGAAUAGUUUGGAGCCGGCGAUGGCGGCCGGGAUGGACGAGGAGAGCCUGCAGGAUCUAUACUCCUGGGUAGACACCUUCCAUCUGUCCAGGGCCAGGCGCAACGUUGCCAGGGACUUCAGUGAUGGAGUUUUAAUUGCUGAAGUGGUGAAGUUUCAUUUCCCUAAACUGGUCGAGAUGUACAACUACACACCAGCCAAUUCAACACAGCAGAAAUUGAACAACUGGGCUCAUCUGAACAGGAAAGUUUUCAAUAGACUCAACUUCUACAUUCCCGAUGACGUAGUUCACAAGGUUGCCCAAUGCUCCCCAGGAGUUGUGGAGCUCGUGCUGAACACAUUACGGCUGAAGAUCGGUGAGAAACUACAACAGAAAAAGAAUAAGGUGGCUUCAUCACCACAGGACCUUGAGUAUUAUAACACAACAAUGGAGGAAGAUUCAGGUCAGUUUCAAACAUCACCACGAUCUAAGGAUUAUGCAACAUGGGACCAUCAUUAUAAUCAACUACACGCUGACUAUCCAGUAUCAAGUUCAACAAAGUCACAACCUGGAUGUGCACAGAAGAACCAACUAAGCCCAGAGAUACGCAUCUUAAUAGAGGAGAAGGAACAGGCCCUGCUGGCUUUUCAGGAAACCGUUCAGAUACUCCAGGUGAAAGUUCGCCGACUUGAGCAUCUUCUGUACUUGAAAAACAUUCGCAUCGAUGACCUCACACGACGUGUGCGACAAGCUGAACACAGAUGAAAGUACCUGUGCAUUCUCCUCCCAUCUCAGCCAUGACAAGCGUGUUUAAAACUCUUGCAGAUCAGUGUUUUAAAGGAUAAGGAUGACAAAAGUUGGUGAUAUUUCCCAGCCUAACAGAAGAUGUAGGGCAGAUACUUAAUAAGUAUAAUGAAACAUAGCAGCAGCUGUGUAAUUCAGGCAAUGUGGCCAAGCCCGAACCCAUUCUUACCUGACGUUGACAUUUAGGGACCCUGUCAUUAAACUGCUAGGUUGUGACAGUAUUUUUCCCAUAUCUAAUUCAGUAUGCUGAACCUUUUUAUAUUAUUAUCUCUCUUGAAAUUCAUUAAUGGUAUGAGGGUAUCACUGGCUCAGUCAACAUUUUUAUUACUUACCCCAGCGAGCAUUUAAGAGUCAACCACAUUCUGUGUGGGUCGGGAGUCACAUGUAGACCAGAUCAUGUAAGGAUGGCAGUUUCCUUCCCAAAAGCACAUUAGUGUACCAGCUGGGUUUUUCGGGAUAAUCUGCAAUGGUUUCAUUGUCAUCAUUACACCCUUAAUUACAGAUUUGUGUUGAAUUCAAAUUCCAUUAACUGCCACUGGCAAGAUUGAACCCAGGUCCUCAGGACAUUACCUGGGUUUCUGUAUUAUCAGUGCAGCAAUAAUACCAUUCAGACCACUGCCUUCCCUUCAAUCAGAAGGAUAACUGAGAUCAUCAAGCUCAGAAUCAACCUUGAGAAUGAUGAGCUAAACUCCAACACAUUAUAUUCCACAAAACUAUACUGGAACCUAGUGAUUGUGUCACAUUUACAGCUCUCGCUUCAGCUAUUAUUAUGAUAAUAGUGGUUUAUCACAAGAUAUGACACAGAUGAGAAGGCCCUUGAGUGAUAAUGGGAACUGCAGAUGCUGGAGAAUCCAGGAUAAUAAAGUGUGAAGCUGGA